CAGAGCGCAGUUGGGUUCAGACUUUGCGCACAGCGACUGAAGUUUUGAGUUUAGUUCAAGUCUAACUUCCCGACUCUCCGGUUACCGACCGGUCGAUCAUGUUCAGCGAAGAAGAAAGUAAGGAAGUAAAAUAGAGAGCGACCCCGGACUGGAUGUGACUCGUGUAUAAAUUAUGCUCCUGACUGUGGUUCACUGAUUGGGAGUGCGCUCCUCCGGGCUGUGGUGGAUAUAUGGUUGACUUCAACAACCGCGACACUUGUGUUACAGUUUACUUUGGCGGAAUUAAUUGAUAACCACAGUGAUGGAGACCCACAUGUUGCUGACAUGGAGUCUGUUGUGUUUGCUCCUGCGGCCGUCGGCUGCACAGAACACCGCACCUGAAGGAGUGCUGAACUGCUGCGAGGGUGAUGUACUCCUCUUAUUGGAUUCCUCGGGGAGCGUGUCGUCCUACGAGUAUUCCCGAAUGCUCAACUUCCUGUCUGAGCUCGUCCUCCCCUUCUCGCUGGGAGAGGACCAGGUGAGGGUAGGACUUCUGCAGGUGGGCACCCAACCGCGCCUCGAGUUUGGCUUCGACACCUAUAGCACCCAAAGUAGCCUCCAGGGGGCUUUGAGUAACACCAAACCUCUCAGGGGGGAUACCAACACUGUGGAGGCACUGAGAAUGGCGAUGGAGUCGGUGCUGAGACCCGGAACAGCGGACGGGGCCCGGGCGGGGCUCCCGAGGGUGCUGGUGUGGUUGACGGAUGGGGUAAAACCAGGGGAUGUGAUUGGACCAAUGGCUGAGCUGCGGGAGGAGGGCGUGGCUGUGCUGGUGGUCUCUACUGGGCAUGGCAACUUUCAAGUGUUGCGGCAGGUGGUGAGCCCACCUGUGGAAAACAACCUGUACUUUGUGGACAUUGAUCAUAUGAGUAUCAUCACAGAGGACCUGCGGGACGCCAUCAUUGAGAUAAUCCGAGCUGAGCGAAUCAAUGUUCGUGACAUCUCCACCAACUCCGCCACGCUCCAGUGGCGACCCGUUCUCUCGGGUUUGACGGGCUACUACGAGAUCCGCUUCGCCCCGGUUCCGUCGGGAGGCACGGGAGGUGGCGGAGGAAGUGGAACUGGGACCAGUCCGAGCACCGGCGGUAGUCAAUACCAGAGACUCACCCAGUCUGCCGACUCCAGCACUGCCAGGCUGACAGGCCUGAAGCCUGACACCAGCUACACUGCCACACUGACCCCGGAGUCCAACGAACAAGCGUUUAACACACUCUCUGUCACCUUCACAACAAAGCCAGAGGUGCUGAGCCCAGCUGUGGUAAGCGUCUCUGACUCAGGCCCAAACAGCGUUCGGGUGAGUUGGGGUCCUCUUCAGCCAGAGACGGUCACGAGUUACUACAUCGAAUACUCCGCCCUCCCCCGGGGGAAGCUCCACGCCGUCACAGUGGACAGAACGCAGAACUCUACUCUCCUCAGAGACCUCCAACCAGAUACCACUUACCUGGUCACCGUUAGCGCGCGGCACGCCUCGGGCAAGGAGAGGGCCAUGUCUGUCAAAGUGUGUACUCAGGAAGUGACUCCUGCCCUGGCAGACCUCCAGCUGACCACAGUGGGCAGUGACUCGGUGCAGGUCAACUGGAAGGGCAGCGAGGCAGGUUUGAGGGGCUACUGGCUCACCUGGGAGGGGCAGCAAACCUCUGUCCCGGGCCAGCGCUCCUCGUUCUAUUUGCCGGCCGACUCUUUGUCAACGCGCCUCACGCACCUCCCCCCAUCAGCUAGAGUGUGCGUAUCACCGAUUUACCGGACGGCACGGGGGGAGGGACUGUGUUGCACGGCACAGUUUCAGUCAGAAGCAUUAACAUAUGGCUACCAAUCAUAGCACCCCUGAACUGCAAGUGCACCUUACCAAACAUGGAGGGACGAUGGUGAGAAGAAUGCUGACUUUCACCCGUAAUUCUUUUCCACGCCUAUCCCCUCUGUGGACAUCAUCCAGGAGAGAUGUGUGGUUUGGCUUACUGAGCACUCACUCAUGUGGAAGCCAUAGACACUUAAGAGUGGUCUGGGACAAUAUGGCUGCAUGUUGACUUCUACAACCUGCAACACAGGGGACUAUUUGCUUUUCCAUUUCUGUCGUCUCGCCUGGUUUACACCUGUAGUCAGUGUAUAAUGCUUCAGUUUAAAGAUGCAGGCUUAAGAUACUGAUAUUUCUUUGAUCUGUUUUGCAUAUACAGAGCAGGGCAUGCUGGGAAUGUUGGAUAUUUUAUGUGGCUUGUUUUGGAGAACGGCUUUGCACCAUAUGUGGGCCACAUGCCCAAAUCAACCUUUUUGUUUAUUUCCUCUAAGUCCUGCUAAUGCACAGAGAAUAUGAUUUACAUUUAUAAUAAAUACUUAUGACUUGUACUUUAAUGAUGUCUCUUUCAGCAAAUGCUUGAAAAUAUUGGAUACUCGUGUGUGUGUAUGUGUGUGUGUGUGUGUGCGCACACUGGAGUGGGAACAUAAACAUGCUGUCCCUAAUAACAGGAUCUUCAGGAUUGCUUUGAACUUUCUAGAAAUUACGAACAGACCAGCCAUAUGCCCUGAAACUACCGAGAUGCUGCAUAUAACAUGUGUGUAACCGAGACUAGUCUUGUAUUGGUCUCUGGAGAUGGAUCCAACAUUCAUAUUUAUUAAUCAACAAUCAUGUAAGUAUGGGAAUUAAUAGCGUACAGUAUUUACAGACAUGCUGUUUACAUUUUAAGACUGUUACUUUUUUUAAGCCAGACUUUGCUGCCCCCUACUGAAUGGAUCCUUUCAACUAAUCUUUCACUGUCAUCCUCUCAGAGCAAAUGCAUUGUUUCAUGUUUGUUGACCACUAUUGAAAUUUAACAAGAGCUUCAAAUAAAGUCCUUUAAUAAUUUUGUUUA